GGGAGGAGGAGGUGGAGGAGGAGGAUGGGCCUCGAACACAGACUUGCAAUGGCACUGCAAAAAUUGGAUUAAAGCAGUAUGCUGGAUAAGAGCGAGGUGGCAACUCUAGGCCUUCCCUCCACCACCAGCCAUGGUGGCUCUGACAGCAACAUCAGUGUGGAUGGCGCGGUGGCAGCGUCAUCCGGGGUCAUGGCCGGGGGAGCAGAGGGUUCAGGGGCCAGUGAGCCACAGCGGACGCGUGCCGCUCUUGAGCAUCUGCAGCAGAAGAUCCUAAAGGUGACAGAGCAGAUUCGUGUAGAGCAGGAGGCCCGUGAUGACAAUGUGGCAGAGUAUCUGAAGCUGGCUCACAACGCAGAUAAACAGCAGGCGUCGAGAAUCAAGCAGGUGUUUGAGAAAAAGAACCAGAAAUCAGCACAGACUAUUGCACACUUGCACAAGAAACUAGAGCACUAUCACAAGAAGUUAAAAGAGAUUGAGCAGAAUGGACCAGCCCGGCAGCCCAAAGAUGUCCUGCGGGACAUGCAGCAAGGAUUAAAAGACGUGGGAGCUAAUGUUCGUGCUGGGAUAAGUGGUUUUGGAGGUGGAGUAGUUGAAGGGGUCAAAGGUGGAGUAUCAGCCCUCACCCACACGGCCGUGGUCUCCAAGCCAAGAGAGUUUGCCAGUCUCAUCAGAAACAAGUUUGGUAGUGCUGAUAACAUUGCUCACCUAAAGGAUACACUCGAGGACGGAGUUGGGGGCCAUUCUGAAGACACACCCACACCUAGGGCCCUGAGUGGAAGUGCCACUUUGGUUUCCAGUCCAAAGUACGGCAGUGACGACGAGUGCUCCAGUGCAACAUCCGGCUCCGGAGCAGGGAGUAAUUCUGGUGGGGCCGGAGGAGGAGGGGGGAUGUUAGGACCCACAAUGGGGAGUCCCCGACUGGACGGGCACCAUCACCACCACCAUCACAUGCACAGUUCUUGGGACUCUUUACUUGAAGGCUUGCAAGAGAUCAAAGCCAGCCAGACACACAUGGAGGACGCCAUCGAGGACAUGAAGGGCCAGCUGCAGAGCGACUACUCUUACAUGACACAAUGUCUGCAAGAAGAGAGAUACAGGUACGAGCGACUUGAAGAGCAGCUGAAUGAUUUAACAGAACUGCACCAGAACGAGAUGACCAAUCUUAAACAGGAGCUUGCUAGCAUGGAAGAAAAGGUGGCCUACCAGUCCUAUGAGAGAGCAAGGGACAUUCAGGAAGCAGUGGAGUCGUGCUUGACCCGCAUCACUAAACUGGAGCUGCAGCAGCAGCAACAGCAGGUCGUGCAGUUGGAGGGAGUGGAGAACGCCAAUGCUCGAGCUCUGCUAGGAAAACUCAUCAACGUCAUCCUGGCCCUCAUGGCCGUACUGCUGGUCUUUGUCUCCACUUUAGCCAACUUCAUCACGCCGCUGAUGAAGACUAGAUCUCGGGUAGCUGCCACUGUGCUGCUGAUGUUGCUGCUGUUCAUCUUGUGGAAGCAGUGGGAUUUUGUGGAGGUGUGGUUGCUGCCCAGUUAAACAAAGGCUGGGAAGGACUUACAGAGAGUAACCACAAGCUGGUUUCUGCUCAUUCACCACCAUAGACGAACCCAGAGACUGAAACAGACUGAAGCUUGCUACAGUACUUUAAAGUGGGGCUUCUGAGGACAAAAUAUGGCACUUUUAGUCAAAAAUUAGACAAGAUCUGACUCACAGGGAGUGUUUACAUAGAAAAAGAACAGAACUUCUCUGCUUGCCAAGCAACAAAGGACAUCACCACAUCUCACCCAGAUUUACUGGUGUGGAUAACCAAUCAUUGAUUGCAUCGCUAUCACCAAAAACUGAGUUUCCUGCAAGAAUUCUUUGAAUGGUCUUUUUUAAAAUUAUUUAUUAUACACUAAUUACAAAGACUAGUGCAAAUACUGACAACUGUAAAAUGCUGAUCAUGUUUGCUGUAAUCUUCAUGUUGAAGCUAUAAGCAUUUUGAAAGGAAAAAUGUUUUUCAUGAAUGUUAUGUGCUCAUGCAUGUCCUCAUAUGUGCACUGAGAUGCAUCCAGCUGGCAUGAGGUAACAUUUCAUUAAUGACAAAAAUGCGUCCUCUAUAACUGCCAUUUUGUUGUUAGGACUUGUUGCAUCUCCACUCAGUGUCAUUCCUGGUUCAUUUCACAACCUGUCCUGGUGUUCAAGCUGUGCUUUUAGGCUUUUCUUUCUCUGUGUUUUCUUACAAUUGAAUGAAUAAAAUCUAAAACUCACAAUUAUCCAACAAUGGAAAAAAAAAAAAGAUUUUGUCCGUAAAUGCUAUUUCAUAACCACUAUUGUAAAAAAAAAGUGCUAUCCACAGAGUCAAAUUAACUGGCAUGUCAAAGUUUAUAUCCAGUUUGCAAAAAUUAAAAAUGAUAAUUGCUGUUUUAUUAAACAAUGUAAGAAAUAAAUAAUUUCAUAUAUUAGA